AUGGCUAGCCGGCUUAAACUCUGCGAGCCGUGGCUAGUUUCUUAUGAUAUUAUAUACUUAGCUUUUGUUAUAUUCACAUUGUUUCUUGCGCUUUAUGUUAGUAGCUUCGAUAGCAGGAACCCUACAUGGCCACUCGCGGACGAGGUCGAGCACGUUCACAAGGAAGUAGGAAUGAGCAACCAGUUGACAAUCAUGCCGAAUUUAUGGCGGCUAUGGCUAAUUUGGCAAACACUGUGGAGGCUAAUGCUGCUGCGACUCUGCAAGUUGUGUAGAGGUUAUGCCAACCGGGCAGAACCGGAAAUGGGAAUGGUGAAAGGAAUGCUCAUGAUAAUGCUGAGGGAAGCGCUCACGAGAGAGGCCCAGCAUUGGUGGCAAGCAGAGUGCCACUUGUUACAACUCCAGAAUGCCAAUGUUCCUUGGGAGGUGUUUCAAACAACAUUCUACAAGAGGUACUUCCUUGAGUCUACAAGGGAAGCGAAGGAGAUGAAAUUGAUGCAGCUGAAGCAAGGUUCCAUAUCUGUGGCAGAUUACACCAACAAGUUUGAGGAGCUUUGUAGGUUUUCUAGGGUAUGUCAGGGUGCCCUGGAGACCUACGAGAGCUGGAAGUGUAUCAAGUACCAAAGGGGAUUGAAGGAUAACAUAAUGACUGAUGUGGCUCCUAUGGAGAUUCAUACCUUCUCGGACUUGGUGAAUAAAGCAAGGGUGGUUGAAGAGUAUGCCAAGAGUGUAGCGGCAUCCAGGGAGACUCAUGGAGGAACCUCUAGUAAGGGACAUGACAAGUAUUUCCACCUAAGGGGUCAAAACUUUAAUAGAGGAGGAUAUAUGCCUCAAGGGCAAGGGGGCUUCAGAAGGAACGCUCAUGACCAGUUUCAGCGUGGCAAAGGGAGAGGAAAUCAGAGUAAGAACUAUUCAGAUUUAACUUAUGACCGUUGUGGAUAUUUUCAUCCAUAUGACUCUUGCAAUAUUGGUUUAGGUGGGUGCUUCAAUUAUGGCUUGCCUGGUCUUAUUGCGAAGGAUUGCACAUGUAGGAAGAACCCAAGUGCGGGUCAAGCUUCGCAUUCGUUUGUCUCGUUUGCUAAAGUUGAGAAAUUAGGAUUGAAAGUAUCAGAGUUACCUUUUGAUCUGCAUGUAGACGGUUAUGACUAG